AUGUCCUUUAUAUCAAAAGGAUCAAGUCCAAAUGCUUUUGAAGACUAUACACUUACUUUGUAUCACUUACUUAUUUUAUGGCACAGUUUAGAUCAUCCCAUUAUUGAGGAUGCUAACUUUGAUCACUUGAUUAAAGUGCUUCCAAUAAAAACAGGACAGCAGAACACACAUACCAAAGUCAGUACCGAACACAACAAGGAAUGUCUUAUCAAUAUUUCCAAAUACAAGUUUUCUUUGGUUAUAAGUGGCCUCACUACUAUUUUAAAGAAUGUUAACAAUAUGAGAAUAUUUGGAGAAGCUGCUGAAAAAAAUUUAUAUCUCUCUCAGUUGAUUAUAUUGGAUACACUGGAAAAAUGUCUUGCUGGGCAACCAAAGGACACAAUGAGAUUAGAUGAAACAAUGCUGGUCAAACAGUUGCUGCCAGAAAUCUGCCAUUUUCUUCACACCUGUCGUGAAGGAAACCAACAUGCAGCUGAACUUCGGAAUUCUGCCUCUGGAGUUUUAUUUUCUCUCAGCUGCAACAACUUCAAUGCAGUCUUUAGUCGCAUUUCUACCAGGUUACAGGAAUUGACUGUUUGUUCGGAAGACAAUGUUGAUGUUCAUGAUAUAGAAUUGUUACAGUAUAUCAAUGUGGAUUGUGCGAAAUUAAAACGACUCCUGAAGGAAACAGCAUUUAAAUUUAAAGCCCUAAAGAAGGUUGCACAGUUAGCUGUUAUAAAUAGCCUGGAAAAAGCAUUUUGGAACUGGGUAGAAAAUUAUCCAGAUGAAUUUACAAAGCUAUACCAGAUUCCACAGACAGAUAUGGCUGAGUGUGCAGAAAAGCUUUUUGACUUGGUGGAUGGUUUUGCUGAAAGCACCAAACGUAAAGCAGCAGUUUGGCCACUACAAAUCAUUCUUCUUAUCUUGUGUCCAGAAAUAAUCCAGGAUAUAUCCAGGGAUGUGGUUGAUGAAAACAACAUGAAUAAGAAGUUGUUUCUGGACAGUCUGCGUAAAGCACUUGCUGGCCAUGGAGGAAGCAGGCAGCUGACUGAAAGUGCUGCAAUUGCCUGUGUCAAGUUGUGUAAAGCAAGUACCUACAUCAAUUGGGAAGAUAACUCUGUCAUUUUCCUACUAGUUCAGUCGAUGGUGGUCGAUCUUAAGAACCUGCUCUUUAAUCCAAGCAAACCAUUCUCAAGAGGCAGCCAGCCUGCAGAUGUGGAUCUAAUGAUUGACUGCCUUGUUUCUUGCUUUCGUAUAAGCCCUCACAACAACCAACACUUUAAGAUCUGCCUGGCUCAGAAUUCCCCUUCUACAUUUCACUAUGUGCUGGUAAAUUCCCUCCAUCGAAUCAUCACCAAUAGCACUUUCAAGCAUGGACUUGGCACUGCUUCUGCAUUGGAUUGGUGGCCAAAGAUUGAUGCCGUAUAUUGUCACUCAGUUGAACUUCGAAAUAUGUUUGGUGAAACACUUCAUAAAGCAGUGCAAGGCUGUGGAGCACACCCAGCAAUACGCAUGGCACCGAGUCUUACGUUUAAGGAAAAAGUAACAAGCCUUAAAUUUAAAGAAAAACCUACAGAUCUGGAGACAAGAAGUUAUAAGUAUCUUCUCCUGUCCAUGGUGAAACUAAUUCAUGCAGAUCCAAAGCUUUUGCUUUGUAAUCCAAGAAAACAGGGGCCUGAAACCCAAGGCAGUACAGCAGAAUUAAUUACAGGCCUUGUCCAACUGGUCCCUCAGUCACACAUGCCAGAGAUUGCUCAGGAAGCCAUGGAGGCUCUGCUGGUUCUUCAUCAAUUAGAUAGCAUUGAUUUGUGGAACCCUGAUGCUCCUGUAGAAACAUUUUGGGAAAUUAGCUCACAAAUGCUUUUUUACAUCUGCAAGAAAUUAACUAGCCAUCAAAUGCUUAGUAGCACAGAAAUUCUCAAAUGGUUGCGGGAAAUUCUGAUCUGCAGGAAUAAAUUUCUUCUUAAAAAUAAGGUAAGCAAAAUGACAUCUCUAAAAAGGGAAGAAUAUUUGGAAUUGAGCGGAGGCUGCUAUAUUCCUGCAAGUGGAAAUACCAGUCAGAUGUCCAUGGAUCAUGAAGAGUUACUCCGUACUUGUACUCCUGGAGCCUCUCUCCGGAAGGGAAAAGGAAACUCAUCGAUGGAUAGUGCAGCAGGGUGCAGUGGAACCCCACCGAUAUGCCGACAAGCCCAAACCAAACUGGAAGUGGCCCUGUACAUGUUUCUGUGGAGCCCUGACACUGAAGCUGUUCUAGUUGCCAUGUCCUGUUUCCGCCACCUCUGUGAGGAAGCGGAUAUCCGGUGUGGGGUGGAUGAAGUAUCGGUGCACAACUUCUUGCCCAACUAUAACACAUUCAUGGAAUUUGCUUCUGUUAGCAAUAUGAUGUCAACAGGAAGAACAGCACUUCAGAAAAGAGUGAUGGCACUACUAAGGCGCAUUGAGCAUCCCACUGCAGGAAACACUGAGGCUUGGGAAGAUACACACGCAAAAUGGGAACAAGCUACAAAACUAAUCCUCAACUAUCCAAAAGCUAAAAUGGAAGAUGGCCAGGCUGCUGAAAGCCUUCACAAGACCAUUGUUAAGAGGCGAAUGUCUCAUGUGAGUGGAGGAGGAUCCAUAGAUUUGUCUGACACCGACUCCCUACAGGAAUGGAUCAACAUGACUGGCUUUCUUUGUGCUCUUGGGGGAGUGUGCCUGCAGCAGAGAAGCAAUUCUGGCCUAGCAACCUAUAGCCCUCCCAUGGGCCCAGUCAGUGAACGCAAGGGUUCCAUGAUUUCAGUGAUGUCCUCAGAAGGAAAUGCAGACACACCUGUCAGUAAAUUUAUGGAUCGACUGUUGUCCUUAAUGGUGUGUAACCAUGAGAAAGUGGGACUUCAGAUAAGGACCAAUGUGAAGGAUCUGGUGGGUCUGGAAUUGAGUCCUGCUCUUUAUCCAAUGCUAUUUAACAAAUUGAAGAAUACCAUCAGCAAAUUCUUUGACUCACAAGGACAGGUUUUAUUGACUGACACCAAUACUCAAUUUGUAGAGCAAACUAUAGCUAUAAUGAAGAAUUUACUAGAUAAUCAUACUGAAGGCAGCUCUGAACACUUGGGGCAAGCUAGCAUUGAAACAAUGAUGUUAAAUUUGGUCAGAUAUGUCCGUGUGCUUGGGAAUAUGGUUCAUGCGAUUCAAAUAAAAACGAAACUGUGUCAGUUAGUCGAGGUAAUGAUGGCAAGGAGAGAUGACCUCUCAUUUUGUCAAGAGAUGAAAUUUAGGAAUAAGAUGGUAGAAUAUUUGACAGACUGGGUUAUGGGAACAUCAAAUCAAGCAGCAGAUGAUGAUGUAAAAUGUCUUACAAGAGAUUUGGACCAGGCAAGCAUGGAAGCAGUAGUUUCACUCCUGGCUGGCCUCCCACUGCAGCCUGAGGAAGGAGAUGGUGUGGAACUAAUGGAAGCCAAAUCACAGUUAUUUCUUAAGUAUUUCACAUUGUUUAUGAACCUUUUGAAUGACUGUAGUGAAGUUGAAGAUGAAAAUGCACAAACAGGUGGCAGGAAACGUGGCAUGUCUCGGAGGCUGGCAUCACUGAGGCACUGUACAGUCCUUGCAAUGUCAAACUUACUCAAUGCGAAUGUGGACAGUGGCCUCAUGCAUUCCAUAGGUUUAGGUUACCACAAAGAUCUCCAGACAAGAGCUACAUUUAUGGAAGUUCUGACUAAAAUCCUUCAACAAGGCACAGAAUUUGACACACUUGCCGAAACGGUGUUGGCAGAUCGGUUUGAGAGACUGGUGGAGCUGGUCACGAUGAUGGGUGAUCAGGGAGAGCUCCCUAUAGCUAUGGCUCUGGCCAAUGUGGUUCCUUGUUCUCAGUGGGUAUAUGGUGCUACCUACCUACAAAAACUCCUGGAUCCUUUAUUACGAAUUGUGAUCACAUCCUCUGAUUGGCAGCAUGUUAGCUUUGAAGUGGAUCCUACCAGGUUAGAACAGUCAGAGAGCCUUGAAGAUAACCAGCGAAACCUCCGUCAGAUGACUGAAAAGUUCUUCCAUGCCAUCAUCAGUUCCUCCUCAGAAUUUCCCCCUCAGCUUCGAAGUGUGUGCCACUGUUUAUACCAGGCAACUUGCCACUCCCUACUGAAUAAAGCUACAGUAAAAGAAAAAAAGGAAAACAAAAAAUCAGUGGUUAGCCAACGUUUCCCUCAGAACAGCAUCGGUGCAGUAGGAAGUGCCAUGUUCCUCAGAUUUAUCAAUCCUGCCAUUGUCUCACCAUAUGAAGCAGGCAUUUUAGAUAAAAAGCCACCACCUAGAAUCGAAAGGGGCUUGAAGUUAAUGUCAAAGAUACUUCAGAGUAUCGCCAAUCAUGUUCUCUUCACAAAAGAAGAGCAUAUGCGGCCUUUUAAUGAUUUUGUGAAAAGCAACUUUGAUGCAGCACGAAGGUUUUUCCUUGAUAUAGCAUCCGAUUGCCCUACAAGUGACGCAGUAAAUCAUAGUCUUUCCUUCAUCAGUGAUGGCAAUGUGCUUGCUUUACAUCGCCUACUCUGGAACAAUCAAGAGAAAAUUGGCCAGUAUCUUUCCAGCAACAGGGAUCACAAAGCUGUUGGAAGACGACCUUUUGAUAAGAUGGCAACGCUUCUUGCAUACCUGGGUCCUCCAGAGCACAAACCUGUGGCAGAUACACACUGGUCCAGCCUUAAUCUUACCAGUUCCAAGUUUGAGGAAUUUAUGACUAGGCAUCAAGUACAUGAAAAAGAGGAGUUCAAGGCUUUGAAAACAUUAAAUAUUUUCUACCAAGCUGGAACUUCCAAAGCUGGGAAUCCUAUAUUUUAUUAUGUUGCACGAAGGUUCAAAACUGGUCAAAUCAACGGUGAUUUGCUAAUAUACCAUGUCUUGCUGACUUUAAAGCCAUAUUAUGCAAAGCCAUAUGAAAUUGUAGUGGACCUUACCCAUACUGGGCCUAGCAAUCGCUUUAAAACGGACUUUCUCUCCAAGUGGUUUGUUGUUUUUCCUGGCUUUGCUUAUGACAACGUCUCUGCAGUUUAUAUCUAUAACUGUAACUCCUGGGUCAGGGAGUACACCAAGUAUCACGAGCGGCUGCUGACUGGCCUCAAAGGCAGCAAAAGGCUCAUUUUCAUAGACUGUCCCGGGAAACUGGCUGAGCACAUAGAGCACGAGCAGCAGAAGCUACCCGCUGCCACCUUGGCAUUGGAAGAGGAUCUGAAGGUGUUCCACAACGCGCUCAGGCUGGCUCACAAAGACACCAAGGUUUCUAUCAAAGUUGGUUCUACUGCUGUUCAGGUAACCUCAGCAGAGCGAACAAAAGUCCUGGGGCAGUCAGUCUUUCUCAAUGAUAUCUAUUAUGCUUCGGAAAUUGAAGAAAUAUGCCUAGUGGAUGAGAACCAGUUCACCUUAACCAUUGCAAACCAGGGCACACCACUCACCUUCAUGCACCAGGAGUGUGAUGCCAUUGUCCAGUCUAUCAUUCACAUCCGGACACGCUGGGAGCUGUCGCAGCCAGAUUCUAUCCCCCAGCACACCAAGAUUCGGCCAAAAGAUGUCCCUGGGACGCUGCUCAAUAUCGCAUUACUUAAUUUAGGCAGUUCAGAUCCUAGUUUACGGUCAGCUGCCUAUAAUCUUCUGUGUGCCUUAACCUGUACCUUUAAUUUAAAAAUCGAGGGCCAGUUACUAGAGACAUCAGGUUUAUGUAUCCCUGCCAACAACACCCUCUUUAUUGUCUCCAUUAGUAAGACGCUGGCAGCCAAUGAGCCACACCUCACCUUAGAAUUUUUGGAAGAGUGUAUUUCUGGAUUUAGCAAAUCUAGUAUUGAAUUGAAACAUCUUUGUUUAGAAUACAUGACUCCAUGGCUGUCAAAUCUUGUUCGAUUUUGUAAGCACAAUGAUGAUGCCAAACGACAAAGAGUCACUGCUAUUCUUGAUAAGCUGAUAACAAUGACCAUAAAUGAGAAACAGAUGUACCCAUCUAUUCAAGCAAAAAUAUGGGGGAGCCUUGGGCAGAUCACAGAUCUCCUUGAUGUUGUACUGGACAGUUUCAUCAAAACCAGUGCGACAGGUGGCUUGGGAUCAAUAAAAGCUGAGGUCAUGGCAGAUACUGCUGUAGCUCUGGCUUCUGGAAACGUGAAAUUGGUUUCAAGCAAGGUUAUUGGAAGGAUGUGCAAAAUAAUUGAUAAGACAUGCUUGUCUCCAACGCCUACUUUAGAACAACAUCUCAUGUGGGACGAUAUUGCUAUUCUAGCACGCUACAUGCUGAUGCUGUCCUUCAACAACUCCCUGGACGUAGCAGCUCAUCUCCCCUACCUCUUCCACGUGGUUACUUUCCUAGUGGCCACAGGGCCACUCUCCCUUAGAGCUUCCACACAUGGAUUGGUCAUUAAUAUCAUUCACUCUCUAUGUACCUGUACACAGCUUCAUUUUAGUGAAGAGACCAAGCAAGUUUUGAGACUUAGUUUGACAGAGUUCUCAUUGCCCAAAUUUUACUUGCUGUUUGGCAUCAGCAAAGUCAAGUCUGCCGCUGUCAUCGCCUUCCGCUCCAGUUACCGGGACAGGUCAUUCUCUCCUGGCUCCUACGAGAGGGAGACUUUUGCUUUGACAUCCUUGGAAACAGUCACUGAGGCAUUGUUGGAGAUCAUGGAGGCAUGUAUGAGAGAUAUUCCAACAUGCAAGUGGCUGGACCAGUGGACAGAACUAGCUCAAAGAUUUGCAUUUCAGUAUAAUCCAUCCCUUCAGCCAAGGGCUCUUGUUGUCUUUGGCUGCAUCAGCAAACGAGUGGCUCAUGGACAGAUAAAGCAGAUUAUCCGUAUUCUCAGCAAGGCACUUGAGAGUUGCUUAAAAGGACCUGAUACUUACAACAGUCAAGUUCUGAUAGAAGCUACAGUAAUAGCACUAACCAAAUUACAACCACUUCUUAAUAAGGACUCCCCUCUGCACAAAGCCCUCUUUUGGGUAGCUGUGGCCGUGCUGCAGCUCGAUGAGGUCAACUUGUAUUCAGCAGGCACCGCACUUCUUGAACAAAACCUGCACACCUUAGACAGUCUCCGGAUAUUCAAUGACAAGAGUCCGGAGGAAGUAUUUAUGGCAAUCCGGAAUCCACUGGAAUGGCACUGCAAACAAAUGGAUCAUUUUGUUGGACUCAAUUUCAACUCUAAUUUUAACUUCGCACUGGUUGGACACCUUUUAAAAGGGUACAGACAUCCUUCACCUGCCAUUGUUGCAAGAACAGUCAGAAUUUUGCAUACGCUACUAACUCUGGUUAACAAACAUAGGAAUUGUGACAAAUUUGAGGUGAAUACACAGAGCGUGGCUUACUUAGCAGCUUUACUCACAGUGUCUGAGGAGGUUCGAAGUCGCUGUAGUCUAAAACAUAGAAAGUCUCUUCUUCUUACUGAUAUUUCAAUGGAAAAUGUUCCUAUGGAUACAUAUCCCAUUCAUCACAGUGACCCUAGCUAUAGGACUCUGAAGGAGAAUCAACCAUGGUCCUCUCCCAAAGGUUCUGAAGGGUACCUUGCAGCCACAUAUCCAACAGUGGGCCAGACCAGUCCCCGGGCCAGGAAAUCCAUGAGCUUGGACAUGGGGCAGCCUUCUCAGGCCAACACGAAGAAGUUACUUGGAACAAGGAAAAGUUUCGAUCACUUGAUAUCAGACACCAAGGCUCCUAAAAGGCAAGAAAUGGAAUCAGGGAUCACAACACCCCCCAAAAUGAGGAGAGUAGCAGAAACUGAUUAUGAAAUGGAAACUCAGAGGAUUUCCUCAUCACAACAGCACCCACAUUUACGUAAAGUCUCAGUGUCAGAAUCAAAUGUUCUCUUGGAUGAGGAAGUACUUACUGAUCCAAAGAUCCAAGCACUUCUUCUUACUGUCCUGGCUACACUGGUAAAAUAUACCACGGAUGAGUUUGAUCAACGAAUUCUUUAUGAAUACUUAGCGGAAGCCAGUGUUGUUUUCCCCAAAGUUUUUCCUGUUGUGCACAAUUUGUUGGACUCUAAGAUCAACACUCUGUUGUCAUUGUGCCAAGAUCCAAAUUUAUUAAAUCCAGUUCAUGGAAUUGUGCAGAGUGUGGUGUACCAUGAAGAAUCCCCACCACAAUACCAAACGUCUUACCUGCAAAGUUUUGGUUUUAAUGGUUUGUGGCGGUUUGCAGGACCCUUUUCAAAGCAGUUGACUAUUAAAAUGAAAUAUGCAAAAACAGCCCUCCAGGUUGUAGCUUGUAUACAAGCCAUGAGAUCCAAUCCUGGCGCUUCACACCAGAGAGGGUGUAACUGGCUGCUCUGUUUCUCUCCAGGAAUCGACAAGGAGAACGUUGAACUCUCCCCAACCGCCGGGCACUGUAACAGUGGACGAACUCGCCAUGGAUCUGCAAGCCAAGUGCAGAAGCAGAGAAGCACUGGCAGUUUCAAACGUAAUAGCAUUAAGAAGAUCGUGUGA